AUGCAGAUCCCUCUUGUGUCUUUUGUCUCGCUUGCCCUUCUCACAGGCUCGGCCUCAUCCAAGACCGUUUUCUCGGGUCUUUCCGUCAACGGCGUCGAUCAAGGCCACGCCGUCGGUGUGCGAGUACCAUCGUCCAACAACGCGAUCACAGACGUCAACUCAAACGACAUUAUCUGCAAUACCAACUUCAUCCAGCCCGUCUCUGACACCGUAAUCAAAGUACCCGCCGGCUCGCAAGUGACCGCUCAAUUCCACCACACAUCUGCCGGCUACACCGGUUUGGCGGAUCCCUCUGAACCGCUGGACCCCACCAACAAGGGGCCUGUUACCGCCUACCUGGCCGCUGUCCCCGAUGCCACGCAGCCCACCGUCACGGGCCUCAAAUGGUUCAAGGUCUGGCAGGAUGGCUACAACUCUGAGACCCACCAGUGGGCCUCCGACCGCCUCUUCUUGAACAAGGGAAACGCCACGUUUACCAUCCCGUCGUGUAUUGCGAGCGGCCAGUACCUCCUCCGCGCUGAGGCCAUCGGUCUCCAGAACGCAUACACGUACCCCGGUGCUCAGUUCUACAUGAGUUGCGCCCAAAUUGAAGUGACCGGUGGAGGAAGCGCUACGCCACAGACAGUCUCCUUCCCAGGAGCCUACGCUACCAACAGCGCAAGCAUCAUCACCAACAUCUACGGCAUCACGGACUACACCCCUCCAGGUUAG